ACCUCUUCCUACUCUUUUCCCAAAAAAAAAAACAAAAAACAAAAAAGUCGCUCUUGCUACUUGUUUAUCCGUUGAACCAUAAAUGGCUUAAAGCCUCCUCGUCCUCUCCAAUGUGGGUAAUAAUUUCUCUGAGAAAUCAAUGGGGGUUGGAGGCAAAUUCUGGGACUUGCUCAAACCCUAUGCCCGGAACGAGGGCUUCGAUUUCAUGCGGAACAAGCGAGUCGUCAUUGACCUCUCUUUCUGGAUCGUCCAGCACGAGACCGCUCUCAAGUCCAACGCUCGAAAUCCGCAUCUCAGGCUCACCUUUCUUCGUACCAUCAAUCUCUUCUCCAAGUUUGGAGCAUUCCCAGUCUUUGUAAUUGAUGGAACUCCUUCUCCAUUGAAGUCACGAGCAAGGAUUGCGAGAUUCUAUCAUUCUUCUGGCAUUGAUUUGUCUAGCUUUCCUGCGGCUGAAGAUGGGGUUUUGGUUGAAAGGAACCGCGCAUUUGUCAAGUGUGUUCAAGAAUGUGUGGAACUACUUGAACUAUUUGGGAUGCCUGUUCUGAAAGCAAAAGGAGAGGGUGAAGCACUGUGUUCCCAGUUAGACCGUGAAGGUCAUGUAGAUGCUUGCAUCACAUCUGAUAGUGAUGCAUUUCUCUUUGGUGCUACAUGUGUGAUAAAAGGCUUUAGAUCGAACUCCAAAGAACCAUUUGAAUGCUACUGCAUGUCAGAUAUUGAAGCUGGUCUUGGUCUAAAGAGGGAACAAUUGAUAGCCAUCUCUCUUUUGGUGGGGAAUGAUCAUGAUAUAAGUGGGGUGCAAGGAAUUGGGCUUGAGACAGCUCUUCGUUUUGUCCAAACUUUGGGUGAAGAUGAGAUAUUGACUAAGUUACGUGGAAUAGGCAACAAAAGUAUUUCUGCAUUCCAGUGUUAUACUAAAUUUGUGGAUGAUCUUGUACCCUCUUUAGAUAGAAGCUUACCGAAGAAAAAGCUUUCUCAUUGUUCUUUCUGUGGGCAUCCUGGUAGCAAGAGAGAUCAUUUGAAGAAUUCUUGUAAAUAUUGCUCUACUAGUUCUAAUGGGGGUUGCAAGAAAAAGCCAGAAGGGUUUAAAUGUGGUUGUAUGUCUUGUGACGUGGGACGGAAAGAAAAGGAGCGAAAGAAGCAAGACCAUUGGUUUGACAGAGUUUCUUCCAAGAUUGCUCUGGAGCCAAAUUUUCCCAACCGCGAGAUAAUUGAAAUGUAUCUGUGCGACAACCAUGGUUCUUUCACUGGAAAUGAUGGCCCAUGUAUAUCAUGGAGAAGCCCAAAAAUUGAGCUGCUGGUUGAUUUCUUAGCAUUUCAUCAGCGUUGGGAACCAUCGUAUAUUCGUCAAAGGAUGCUUCCCAUGCUCUCCACCAUUUUCUUGAGGGAAAUGGCCGCACAUCAAAUAAAGAGUCUAUUGUAUGGGCAAUAUGACUUUGAUUCCAUAGACCGUGUGAAGGUAAGACACGGGCACACGUUUUAUGUCAUCAAGUGGAGCAAAGCUACUCCUAAAUCAGGUGGUGUUUCUAAUGCAACCUGUUCAGAAGUGUCUGACAUGCAACAAGAUGUGGUUGACAGCGAUGAAUCCGUUGAUUUAUUGGAUGAGAUGGAUGCACCUAUGAUUCACAUUAAGGACGGAUGUCAAUUUAUUUUGACGGAUGAAAACGUGGAACUCGUUCAUGCUGCUUUUCCACGAGAACUGGACAGAUUUUUGCGAGAAAAGGAGCUGAAAGAAUCAAGAAGGAAAAAGACUCCAAACUUGAGAUUUGAAAGGACAAAUGAGAAGUUGGAAACACCUAAGUCAAGAGGCAUCCAGCGAAAUAUCACCGAAUUUUACCGUUCAACCAAAGUCCUAUUAGAGAACCAACCUGUAGAAGAUUUAGCCAAGGAUAUUGAUAGUCAGAGCGGCGAGUCAUCUAAAGAGAAGAGGAAAGUUUCAAAUCAAAACUUGCCAAAGUCUGUAAGACGUCGUCUUUUGUUUGGCUAAGGUUAUUCUUUGUUAUUAUUUUGGAUCAUUUUGGCUCCUCUUUGCUUAUUGUUGUUAAGGUGUAAAUAGUGCAUAUAGGGCGGUGUAUAUAUUUUUGCUAUAUAUUUUUGCUCUACUUAAGGUUUUAGGUGUA